UUGAAGGACGGUGGAGAUGGACACAUCAUUUCCUUCUUGUCAUCUGGCUUUCACUGAUGACAGCCACUCCACCCAAAGCCCUUGGCUAUUUCCUGGGAGACACUAAGGCAGUAUUAAAUGGCUGUGAGGACCACUGGACCCUGCAGGGCAGGGCCACCAUGCCACUGCCCCUUCAGAUGACUUUAUGUGUUGACAUCCGUGUGGUAGUCCCUGGAGCUUGGGUGGCCUUCUCUUACAGCUCGGUUCUUACACCCGGACCUGAGCUGGGCCUGGAGGGAGAUGAUGAGGCACUGUAUGGGUGGCUGCUAAGGGUCCGACACAGAUUUCCUAUGCAGCUGUCCCCAACACACUGGCAUAGAGUGUGUCUGAGGAGGGAUGUAUCACGCAACUCCUUUAGCCUGGAGGUUGAUGGGAAAAUGGUGGCAGAGAGGACAGUCUUCGCUCGGGCCAUCCCCCCAAACGGCUCCCUGUUUCUGGGCUGCCAACCCAGGGAUCGACCCCCCGGGAUCGUACUCGGGCAGGUGGAGUUGUAUCUCUUCCGCAUGUGGGCAGACCUGGGCAACCAUGGCCUCUGCGAGGACGGCACUGUGAUUGGCUGGAAUGCUCAGUCCUGGGGCUUGACCAGUCCCAGGGCCGCGCAGAGAGACCCAAAGCUCCUAUGUGUUGAAGUGCCUUCUACAAGAACUACCUCAAGUUCUGUCAUACCUACACCUGUCACACACAUGAGCAACCAGACGUCUAAGGCCACAGUUUCAACACCCCGUGGUAGCACUACAGUCAACAGCAAUCAAACAGAGACUCCAUCUGUCACACCAGCAUCAGCCAAUCACAGCACAGAAAAAAAGCCAUCCAACUUCCAGAAUUCAUCUGUUACACCCUCAACAAAUGGGAUCCCACUAAGCAUACCGACCCCAGUCAACCAGACCACAGCCUCCAACGCAGCUUUGCCCUUUGCUGCUGUUCCUGAAUCUGCCGCCAGCUCGGCCUAUCAGAGGUCAGCCAGUAUCCAGACUUCUCUAAUCACAUCUCUGCUUGUCAACCAAACCACGCCUGGGAGAACACUCAGACUGGGUUCCCCAUUAGUAAAUUGUGACAUCAGCCAACUCUGUUCCAAUACGAGUGCUUACUUUUGGAUGUCCAUAAGUGUGGAGGCCCAAGGCAACAAUAAGACUGAGCAAGAUGUCCUCAAAUUGGUGUCAAAUGCAUUUAGUUGCCAAAGUAAUGCAGCCCAAGUAGUAACAGGCGUCAAAGAUUUCUGUCAGGGUGACAGACAACUUCAGGCAGUACAGGUGAACUGCAGUGCAAAAAGUAACAUAAGACAAACAACCUGCAAUGUGCUGUUGCAGCUCAGCCACGCUGUCUCAGCGUGUGAACUGCAGCGUGCCGGAGUCUCUGCACUGCAGCAAGCUGGUGACCAACAAAUACAAGCCACAAUCAUAGGAGACGUGGAGAGAGUCGUCAACUAA